CGAAGCAGCGCCGCUGACGCUAGAGGCUGCGGGAACAAACAAAGAGGCGGGUGUGUAGAAAUGUAACAUCGACUCAGCGUUUUAAUUAAAAGCUUGACCGCUUGUAACACAUUUUUUAGAUUCGUUGUUAGGUACAUCUGUGUUUUUCUAAUAUAUGAUACUAAAUACUACGGUUAUAAACCUGUUUUUUUCUGUAAUCAGCUUUUAUUUUGAAAUCUGGUCAUUUCGGUGAGUUCUUGAGGAUUUUCUCCGGAAUCUGUCAAAGAUACACAGGGUUACCGCGCAGCAUCCGUGCUGUUGAACCCAGUUUCGAGUUUGUUUUAUCGAUGGAGGAUCAGGAUUCCUGAAGGGGAUAUUUACAGAGUGAACUACCCCAGCAUGUCGGCCGAGGAGGAGGAGAGGGGGGUAGUUCGAGUUAAAGUCAAGAAGUAUGAGGGAUUGCAGCCAGUGGAAUUCCGCUCUUUUGCCGUUGAUCCACAGAUCACAUCAUUGGAGGUGUUGCAGCACAUCCUAAUACGAGCCUUUGAGCUGAAUGGAAGGCGUAAUUUUGGCAUUAGUUACCUGUCCCGUGAUCGCAUAGGAACAGAGGUGUACCUCUCCCUCCUGUCUGAUUGGGAUUUAGAUGCAGCGUUUGUCAGUGCAGCUAAGCCUUACCUCCAGCUUAAGAUGGACAUCAAACCUUCAGAAGACAGUCCAGUUCUUGAGGACUGGGACAUCAUAAGCCCGAAGGAUGUGAUUGGCUCAGAUCAGCUACAGGGCGAGAAGAGGUCACUGACAUCUACGGCUCUUCCCUUCACCCAGUCCCUGCUGUCCCAGGUUACUGAUGAUGUUCUUCACCCAGUCAGCCAGCUGUUUUACCAGCCAGUCUCUGCUGCGUUCAGUCAGAUGGGUCGGACAUUGUCUAGGGUUCAGCAGGCGUUAAGCUGGUCAUAUGGGGAGGAGGUUAAGCCAUUCAAGCCUCCACUGAGUGAUGCAGAAUUUCACAAUUACUUGAACAGUCAGGGUCAGCUGACACGGCCAGAGGAGUUGCGGCUCCGCAUUUACCAUGGCGGGGUUGAGCCUUCCCUGCGCAAGGUAGUGUGGCGUUACCUUUUAAAUGUGUACCCAGAUGGCCUGACAGGACAGGAGAGGAUGGACUACAUGAAGAGAAAAACAAGAGAAUAUGACCAGCUGAAAAGUGAGUGGACAUCCAGGGUGACCCCAGAGGAUCUGGAGUUCAUUAGAGGAAACGUUCUAAAGGAUGUGCUUCGAACUGACCGAGCCCAUUCAUAUUAUGCUGGCUCGGAGGACAGUCCCCACUUGACUGCACUGACUGACCUCCUCACCACUUUUGCCAUCACACACCCGCAGGUGUCGUAUUGUCAAGGUAUGAGCGAUAUUGCCUCUCCAAUCCUUGCUGUCAUGGACAAUGAAGCACACGCCUUUAUUUGCUUCUGUGGUAUCAUGAAGCGCCUCGAAGGCAACUUCCGCCCUGACGGCCAACUAAUGUCUAUUAAGUUCCAGCACCUUAAGCUGCUCUUGCAAUACUCAGAUCCUGAAUUUUACACCUACCUGGUCUCCAAAGGUGCUGACGACCUCUUUUUUUGUUACCGCUGGCUGCUUCUUGAACUAAAGCGGGAGUUUGCUUUUGACGAUGCACUGAGGAUGUUGGAGGUGACCUGGAGCUCUCUGCCUCCAGAUCCACCUGAGACCGAGGUUGAGCUUCUUGGAUUACCGCUUGAAGCAGACGAGUCCCCGGGUCAUGACAGCAGCUACCCAAACUCAGAGAAUGAAAAGCUGGAAAAAGAACAGACAGAGCAGCGGCGGCGACACAUGUUGAGGCCGUCCCGAGAAGAGGCAGAUGGAGGACACUGUCUCGGAUUAGAGGCAGACAGAAAGGAAGAGAAGCCAUCUUGUGGAGAGGACAAAGGAGAUUAUGGUGUGGAUUGUGUGGUGAAAACUGAAGACCCUGCUCCAGCACCUCAUUUUGAGAAGCAGUCCAGUUUUGGAGAAUUUAAGUACUACAGUGCACGAAACGAGGACAGUUUUGAAGCUAAUGAAAAUGAACCAUCAAAUCCUACGUUAUCUUCAGUGAAGUUUGAGUCCACACAUUCAUUACCUCUCAUGGUCCGCCAGUCCACAGAGGACAGUGAGGAUGAUCCUGGUGAGCGGCAGCCUUUGAUAAGCGGGAAUGACCAGCUUUCAUCUCCUCAGACUGAGGAGAAAAACUCAUCCAGUUGGCAAACCGUUUCUCCCUUUCCUCCAAGUUUACUGAACUUUAAAAACGGCUCUCAGUUUUCUGCAACAUCUCCUUCAACGUCCAGCUGGAGAGCAGUGUGUCCUGAUGUUCCAGGAUUGAAGUCUGUCUCCUCUUCAUUUAUUGUUGGUAGUGCUGUGUCUCCUGAUAAGGCUUUGGGGAGAUUUGUGUCUUCAGCUGCUUUGUCUAAUGGAACUGGAUUGCACUCGCCAUCAACCCCCACAGGGAAGUCUGCACUUUCCUCUCCAUCCCUGGGCAACAAUCGCUCACUGCUGUCUUCCCCUGUUUUAUCCUUUGCUAAAUCUCCAUCACUACCCAAACCAUUCUCCAGCAACCUUUCAUCCCCAUGCAAACUUUCAGGAACUGGUGCAAGCACUCCAACUACAGGCAAACCUGACGCUAGUGGUGUUAAACCCUGUUCCCUUCCUCCUCCUCAAGAGUUUGGGAAGGGCAAUCCUUUCAUGCUGUUCUUGUGCCUUUCCAUCCUGUUGGAGCACCGUGACCAUAUCAUUAAAAAUAGUUUGGAUUAUAAUGAGCUGGCCAUGCAUUUUGAUCGCUUGGUCCGCAAGCACAACCUUGGCCGUAUUCUUCAGCGUGCCAAGGCCCUUUUUGCUGAUUACCUGCAGAGUGAAGUGUGGGACUCGGAGGAAGGUGACGAGGUCAGCUUGGACUCACCAACCACAGCUGCGUCCUCACCACUAACACUCCCUAAAACCAGUUGUUUGCAGUCCACAAUGGCCUCCUCCCCAAACUCUACUUAUAAUCUGGCCUCUACAAUCCCUUCUCCUACAACCCCCAAUGAUCUCUCUCCCUCAUCGUCCUGAUGAAUUUUAUCUGAACAAGUUUCAUCCCCACGAGAAAGCAAGUCAUAAUCUAUUAUAGUGUUCAUGAUAAGCUUUACCGGUUUUGUUUACGUGGCAAACCAAAGCUGGACAAAUGCUUCUUUUCUUAAUCAUUCUGCUGGUAUUAGAUUUUUUUUUGCACAGUAUGCUUAUUUUUCCUGUGUGACCAUGGCCUUUAAGAUUUCUUUUCUACACUUUUGCAUGCCACUUAUUGUACUGUAUGUUACUUCUUGCACUUUACUCUUUGUCUAAUUUGUGCUUAAACUGUGUAAAUAAAAUCCCUGAAAAGAACGGCAUGACAUUUGACAGCAAAGCUGGAUUGACUUUUACAAACCUGUAGACACUGGUCCAGUUAAUCUUCACUAUUGCAUCCAUUGAUGUUGAUUCAAGAUCCCAUUGAAUGAUUUUAUUUUGGUAAAUCUCCAAUGUACAGCAGGCCUAAAUCUAUUCAGAUUGAUAAGAUUGCAUUUCCUGUUUGAAUCAGAUGUCGUCUUUGAUAUCAGUUGGAACUCUCCAUUUUGCUUAGCUGAAUAUAAAUGUCAUGGACAUAUUCAUGGAUUGGAUUGUGUAAAUGAUGGUUGGAUUGUGUAAAUGAUCACACUUAUUGCUCUGAGAGGCCAGAAUAAUUUACUGGAUCUGAAUCAUAAAGAAUAUUUUGUUUUGUUUUGUUUUUUUUUGUUGUUUUUUUUUUACAUCUGAUGCAUUUGCCUAUGGUUGUUCCAUACAGCAAGACCACUGGCAGGUGGAUUAGCAGAAGAUUACUGUGUAAUUUAUUAUUCACCACUAUUGUCCUAAAUGUACAGCUCAAAUAGUAAUAUUGUCCAAAAAUGUCUGAUAAACCAGUUUUGCCCACUCUUGUUUAAAACUGACUCAUUUGCUUGAACAGUUGUUUUUAAUUUAUUGACCUUAAAUGAAUACAAUGGAAUAUAAAAAGUCUACACCCCUUGUUAAAAUAGCAGGUUUGUGUGAUGUUAAAAAUGAAACCAAGAUUAAUCAUGUACCAUCUUUGUCCACCUUUAAUGUGAUAUAACAAUCAACAAAUUUCAAGUGAAAAACAAAUGGAAACAUUUUAGGGGGGAAAUUAAACAAAAAACUGUUUGGAUAAGGGUCCCCUUAACUAAUACUUUUUAUAUAAAACACCUUAUGUUUGUAAUACACACUCAGUCUUUUUGUGUAAGAGUCUACCAACUUGGCACAUCAUUUUAUUUCACUCUUCGUUGCAAAAAUGCUCAAGAUCUAUCAGAUUGUGAGGGGGUCUGCUGUGCAUAACCCUCAUUCUUUAAGUCAUUCUACAGGUUUUUGAUUAGAUGUAGGUCUAGGCUUUGGCUAAAUGCACGUUGUGUUACAUGAAGUGUCUUGUUCCAAAUCUGCAGAAAAUCUGUGGUAAUUUUAAAAAAUUGCAAGCUCCUCCAAAUAUUGUGGAGUUUGCUUCAUUUGCAUUCAUUUCUGUAAUCAUGAUCAUGCUCAAAAUCAUGAAUUCUUGAAGGGUCUGUCUUUAUCUUUACUAGAACCCCAGUCUCAGCUGAAGAAGCAGCCCCAUAGCAUGAUGCCUCCCUGGCAAGUUUUCAUCUUGUCCUUUCAUCAAUUUUCGAAAGACAUCUUGUUCUUGGUAAUUUCAUCAUGUUCCACCAUUUUCUCCACUUGUUAAUAGCCUUCCUGGUUUUCCAUGGUACAUCUAAUACUUUGGAAAUUCUUUUGUAACCCUCUACUGAUCUAUACCUUUUGACAAUGAGAUCCUGUACAUGCUUUUGUAAGCUCUUUGCAGACCAUGGCUUCAGCAGUCAGAUGAAACCAAGAAAAAGUCACGAAAAUUCUACAGAAACAGAUUGUUUAUUUGGGGUUAAUCAGAAUCACUUCAUUGAUGACAGUUGUAUGAUAAUUAGUUUUGAACAUGACUUUAAACGUGAUUGGUUAAUUCUGCGCACAUAUGCCCCAUUAUUAAAAAGAUGUGUAUUCUUUGUAUUACCAGGUUAUUCUUUUUUUUCCCCUAAAACUUAUUUUUAUUUAUCUUAUCUUGGUUUCAAUUUUUUACAUCACAAAACUUGCCAUUUUAACAGCAGUGUAUAUAGUUUCUUAUAUCUUUAGUUUUCACAGAAUGCAAAAUAAAUGUAUCCUCAUAUUUUAUCAUUCCUCAUGUUGAAUUUGGGAUUCCAUACAUGUCUUAACACCAAGUGUUCUUUUAUUUUUCUUUCUUCUAAGAAGUGUUGAAAUCCUUUAUAGACGUGGGCCAAAGGAAUUUUCCUUGAAAAUGCAAUCAUUGUGGGCCUUCUAUUGUUUCCUUUUAAAAGCUUUAUUGAACAUUAAAUUAUUCCCAUAGAGAGGUUUGCGGGACUGAAUGCUAGCAAUAUCUGUAUUUAUACAAUAAAUUCAUCCAAGACCAA